CAAUCUAGAGCAUUUAUUCCUUUUUCGCCAGGGGUUGCGUAUCCCAUGGGAUCGUUGUAACAGGAAGCGGAAGUGAAAAUGAAGAGGAUGGGACAAAAAUGGCGGCAAUAAUUUCGGGGCCUGUGCUAGCUUCAUUAUUUUAUGAUCAAUCUCGUUGUUCUGGUGAUCAGGAGGGACUACUGAUUGGUAAAGUAAGCCAUUCUGUAAAGGAUACCAUCAGUGAUUCUCAGAUAAACAACUACAAGGUGGAAACAAAGUUAUACAUUUACUCAUGCCAUGAGCUACAAAGGGGUACAAAUCAAUCUAGAAAAGAUCAGUUACAGAAAUGCAUUACAGAGCAGAUAAAAAUACACGGAGAGAAGUGUAUUGUGGGAUGGUACCAUUCUCGGAGGAACACAGCACCUCGUCUGUCUAUGCGAGAGAGGAGCAUACACCACACCUUAGUGAAAUCUCUCUCCUCACAAGGGAGAGAGGACUUCUAUUUCCUGCUGUGUACCUCCUCAAACACCCUAAACAGAUCAACCCAUAACUUUGAUUUUGGUUUCUAUAAACUGAACAAAGAUGAUGCUGAUUUUGCUAAAGUGCCAAUAACAGUUGUUAACUUGGAGGAUACUACCAAUAACCAGUAUAAAUUAGACAGCACUUGUACAGCCUCUGCAUCUUCAGGAAUCUAUGCCUCAGUCAUCUCUAAGUUCCAAUCUGAAAUCUUGGACAAAUCAGGGCAGGUUCAGGAAGUGAAGAAAAUCAGUAGCCUUGAGUCAACAUUACAAGAAAAAUUACAGGAUUUGACUCGUGGAGUAGAUCAGAGUGAAAGAGAGUUGCAUGCACUAGAACAAGAGGUAAGGCAGCGACGACAGUUGAUUGAAGUGAAGCUGGAGAAGGAGAGAAACAUGAAGACACAUUCACAAACACCGCCACCAGCCUAUGAUGAUAAACCCAUUCUAAAAAUCAGUUCUGUCACUCCAGAGGAGGCUGUCUCCAUAGCUAAGCAGAAACGUGAGCAAAGACGAAGAGAAAAUAACAAAUCUUUACUCCCGAAUAUGUCAUCAGGACGACCUUCAUCUGCCAAGUCAAAAACAGAUCAGGUACACCCCUUGACACGCCGUCUUAGCUCAGAACUGGACGAGCCCUCAGCCACCCACAGUCAUCGCCUUAGUGAUGAGAUAGCCUUUAUAGAUGAAGAUGUACCUGAAGUUACUGAUCAUGAAGAAAUGGAUACCAAAUCUGAUGAUGAAUUAAAAUCUGGUGAAAAUCUGGAGGACCAGACAAAUACUCAGGGGUCGGGGGUCAUUUUGUUGCCUCAUCAAGGUCAAACUGUGCAGUUAACAUUACCUGACAUGAAUGUCCCAGAGAUGAAAAGACAAACAAUACCAACUGUCACAUUAAACCAUCCAGCAAAAACAGACUCUGUUAAUAAGGAUCAUUUCUCAUUUGUGAGUGGACUCUUAGCUGAAGAAAAAACAAAACCUGUAAAAUCUAAAACAGUAGAAAACUCUAAUAAACAUGUAAAUUCUAUGUCUGUGCCAAUUGGAGGCCACAUUACUGCUCCACUGAAAUCCUCUUCCCAGGCUGCAGCUGCUGUUGGUGCAGCAGUUGCAGCGGCUGCUAAAGGCAAUAAAGAUGAGGAAUUAUCUUGUCAGUCAUCACGGUUACAAAAGCAGCAGCUCACAACAAGUGCUGUUUUAAAUGUCAACAACAAAGGUCAAAGGUCAAGAGCAAAGCAAAGUCAACCACAGACUUCUCGGUCAAGGUCGAAAGAAGGAGGAAAAAGGAAAGACACAAGUGCUGUUUGUUUAGAUCGCCCAUCAUCAAAGGACACAAUGACAGGUGCAAAAAAUAAUCUAACUAAUCAUGAUCAAGACUCUCAGAGUUCCUCUCAUGCUGUGUGUAGGUUGGAAGCAAACAUUGAACAGAUGCAGAAUUUUGAGGAAGAUGAGACGGAAGAUAUCCAUAAAAUAAAUGAUCAUGGACAAUUAGACAAUUUCAAGAUAUCAUCGUCGCCUGUGUUUUAGAUAUCAGUCGCUAGAACAAACAUUUGAUAAGUGUUGUUGUGGUGUUGAUGAAUUUUACCUUUAUAAUGAACAGUGGCAUGUUAGUCCUCAACUUUACUUUGAUUAUUGGAUACCCUUUGGUAAUACUGACAUCUCUGACCACCAAUCUAUGUAAAACCUUGAGCUUGCAUUGGUAGUGAGAAUGCUUGUUGCUAUUGUUUUGGUUGUGUCUUAAAUUUCCUUCCAGUUACUAAUUCUGUUAUUUUUGUUACGUAAUUUUGAAAUAUAGUUAUGUGAUUACAUGUAUUGAUAAGUUUUGAAGGAAAUUGAAGACCAAUCACAGUUUGUAGUAAAUGAAAUGCUGUCUAUUGUGUUGAUGACUCUGUCACAAAUUUUAUUUGGGUAAAUGUCUACCUUAUAAAAUAACUGUAAUUUACCCAUGUUGUGUGCAAGAUGCUGAGGCUACGAUCAAGAGAAAAUAAUAUUGAAACAUUGUGUUUUGACAUUAUGGCAGUACUAUAAAUGUUUGCUUUUUAAACUUACUGCGUUUAUUCUGUGAUAAGCCCAUGCCUGGUAAUUAUCCCACCCUGAUAUGCACUUAAGUUAGCAACCAGUGAUAUUUCAUUGUCCUUUAAUAUACUUACCCCCUAAUGUUGAGUAAGAAGUAAUAUGUGGGACCCUAGGGGUCCAUUAAUAAGCCCAUCCCCAAACUAUGGGUAAGAGGAAAUAAGUUGGGUCCAUGGAGUCCUACAAUAAGCCCAUCCCUUAACUAUGAGUCAGAAAUAACGUUUAGGAUUUAGGAUAAAUAUGUGAUAAAACUUGAUGUAACAUACCAUUAGUAUUUCUACCAAUCCAGUUGAUAUUUCUUAUUUACUUCAUUCAGAACUGUUGGUCAUUUUACUCAAUGUACAGAUGAAACAACAGCAGAUUGUCUCGUUUUACUUUUUAAUAUAUAUUAAAUAUCUUUGGUAUAGAAAUACACAACUAACUACACCUUUGUUAGUGAGUUACUGUAUUUAAUUUUACACAGUCAAACUUUAGGGCAUCAUCACAGUUUUGGUAAACUAGGGCAAUCACAUUUUAUCUAGAUACAUAUACAUUUAGAACAAAAAGUGCUCAAAUAAGAUUACUAUUAAAUAUGUAUCUGUAUUUUUAAAGUAUUUUUCAUAGAUCUCAGAAAAUAGUUGUAUACAGUAUUCUAUACUAAGUGGCAUACAAUCUUUGUUUUCCAUCUAUAUGUCAGUGGAACAAUGUGCUAAGGACCGUGUACUAAACCCUACACUUCCUUGAUCAAGACAUGGUUAUUCUUUAAAAGUCUGAUAAGUAAUUAACGGUUUUAAUUUUCGAUACACUUUAUAAUUUCCUUAUAUGGAAGAAUUCAAACAGGUAUCUGUAAGUGAUACUAAGAUAAAGUGUUCCAUCAUUGUCCAGUUACAAUGUAUCUGUCCAUUUAAUGUAUAUAUUGCCAUGGCAUUUAAUGGAAAAGUGUCGCAUAUGAUCUGUAUAUUUUAUCCAGUGACAUUCUGUGGUAUAAUACCCAUGUAAAGAUGUUGACUUCUGAACAAGAAUUAUACUAACAUUAAUGAGACUAUUUGAUAUUUUUCUUUAGCAAAUGAUAAUUUCUCUUUGAUUGGGAGGGUAACUUGUUCAGAAUUUAUGAAUGAGAGAUAGUAAGACAUGGGAGUAUUUUGGUAAAGUUUUCCAAUACACAUAUUUCACUGUAUGCAGAGAAACAUUUGUGUAGGGUAUUUUUCACUUUUACAUAAAACUUUUCAUUUUGCCCAUUGUUAGAUUCGCUCUAAAAUACAUACACUAUUUUCUGAAUUAUAAGCCACAACCUUUUUCCUCAAGCGUCAGUUAUAUGGCUUAUUUGUGGAUAAAAAGAACAUCAGCAGUAUGAAAAUAUUUUUAGUAGUAAAAUCAAACAUUUGCUCUUUUUGUGUUCUCCCUAUUGGCAAAAUAAAUGAUUUGAGAGUGACACCACAACAAUAAUUUCCCAGCAUACAAUAUACACAUUUUUCUUUCAUACUGACAUGAUAUUGAUAACUGUUAUUACAGAUAUCAGGUGAACAAUUUGUAGCAUAAAUUGGUACUGGAGUUUAAACUGUUACCUCCUUUGCUAAGUAGAGCUUUAAUGCAGGAUUAUAAAAAUAGAUUUUAUGACAUGUAUGUAAAUUGUAAAGCAUUAGUAAAUUUUCAAUUAGGUGCUAUGUUUAUUGUUAAAGAUUUAAAUAAAACUCAUCUAUUGAAAAUUUCUUGGUCAACUUUCAACUUUGAGAAAGAGAUUAAAUCAAGUUAAAGCAAACAAAAUCAUACACAGAGAUAUGUCUCAGAUUCAAUAUAAGAAAGAAUAUUAAAUGAUAUAUAUAAUUUUAAUAUUUAUGUCAAUUGUAAAUUGUUAAAUUGUGUAGGUGAGAAAACAUGUAUCAGGUUUAACAGUGUAUGUAUGGGAUCUUUGUUUUACCUCAAAGUAUAUGAAUGGAGUCGGAUAUGAAUACCCUCAUAUAUGUCACAAUAUUAACCUAGGUACUACAUUUAUAUUUUAUACAAGAAUGACUGGAAAGUCUGACCCAACCUUGAUGUCUAUAUUAUAGUUUUAUAAGCCCACCUGGUCCAAAGGACAAGUCAGCUUAUGACAUACCACAGCAUCCUGCAUCCAUCAACUUUUCUGUUCAAAUUAGUACUAGUCAUAAACAACUUGCAGAUUUUGACCAAAUGUGGUCCAUGGGGGAAGGGGAAAAGAUUUUGUAUAAAUCGUUGGCCUUGACCCCCAAGUGUCUGAGGAGCAGGGCCUAAAUGGGAAAUUUUGCAGCCUAUUUAAAAUCUUACUCCUCCUGAAUGGACAUGGACCAAAUUUGGUCUGAAUGCAUGGGUUCUGUCCCAAUUUGGUUUGAGGCAUGCUUGAUUGAAAGGGAUCAUUUUGAAAUAGGGGUUGGUCUCAGCCCCAGGGGUUGGGCUAAAUAGAGCAAUUACAAAAAAAAAAAAAAAAACCUUCUGUUUGAAUAAUUCACUUUUCCCAAAAGUAGAUCUAUAAUAUUCUUGGAUGACAAGAACUUUUACCUGUACUUUUCCUUCAGUUGGUGAAGAACUUUCAGCAAACAAUGGGUCUUGUGUUCUAAACAAAUUUGAUUUUAGACAAAAGGAAAUAAAUGUGAUUUUGUCAGUUAAAUUUUUGUAACAUAUACUAAAUCAUAUACCGAUAUGAAACACAUUUGAAUAGCAUGUGUGACAUAUUGUUAGAUUUGAGAUGUAGCAUAUAUAUAUAUUUAAAUUUGAAAUUAUGUAAUAUUUAAUAACUUUAUAACUAACAUGAAUAUUUGUUUGUUAAAAUCCAGAGUAGACUUCACUACAAUUUCCUUAUUAUGUAGCGUUUUUUUUCUGACAUCUUUAUCUUCAUAUACAGAAAAAGUUAACAAAUUGAAAAAAAGAAAUGAUGAGUAUAAUUACAGGAUACACAAAAGAUAUUAAUGUUUGAUGAUGUUAGAAAUGAUCCUUUAGAAAACUACAUGGUAUUACUAUGUUGUAAGUAUUUUUGUGUAAGGAAUAUUUAUCUUGAUACAAGGUCGUCACAACUGAUUGGACUUGUUUUCUUUAAUAAUAACUUAUAUAAUCAAAGAAAUUUCUAAAACCUGAAAAAUGUACGAACACAAUGAAUAAUGUCAUCAAAAUACAAUUCUAAACAUUGUUUAUUUUUCUUUUUGGUAAUUUUAAACUAUUUUGGCCUCCAGUAAGUGAGGUUUUUGCUCGACAUGUUAAUUAAAAUUUUCACUCAACUUUGAAAGGAUCCAUGUCACACCAUAACAGAUUAACAGUAUUUUAGAUUCCAUGUUUGAUGCUAGAAAGGUUAAAAGGUCAGAAACUUACUAUUUAUAUCUAAGUUGUAUAUAUUUUUAGACAUUAUGAAUUAUCUAAGUUGAAAAAUUUGAGCUAUUAUUGUGAUUAAGAUUUAUAAAUUUUUUUUAUUGAUGGUGCUUAACUUCUUGAUAUGCUUGUAAAAAAAGAGAGAAUUAAGUAAUUAUUUAUUUUGUACAAAGAGUUUUUUUUUUCAACUAAAAUUACAUGCUGUAUUGAUUCUUAUAGGUAUGUUAAAAGAGGAACAUUGCUUUGGCUUUUCCUUAAAGACACUGCUGUAAAAGCUUUAACAUGAGAUGUUCAGAAAUACAGGGCAAAUGAUACAAAGUUCAAAGCUUUUCUGUUAAUAUUUUGUCCAGAAGUAUCUUCAAUUCCACAAACAAUUUUUAAAGAAUGAGAUUUUGUACUAUACAGAAAGCUACAGAACAAAUUUUUAUUGAUUCAAUUUUUUUUUAAUCCCAACUAACCCUUGUUAUGCAGUGUUGGAGCAAAUACCUUGCUUGUUGAAAUGGGUUAUCUCCCCUCCUCCAUUAUGGCACUGUCUGUUGGUGUUUUUCAAACGUCAUUGAUUUAGCUGUUCAUGUACCAUUUCCUCCUAUAUACACCUUUUGUCAAACAGUUAGCCAGCUGAUAAGGAGUAAAAUAUGUUUUCAUACAGAAUCAUGGAAGCCAUUAAAAUCCCAAACUAACACUUUAUGGUUAAUAACUCCUUAUAAUCUGAACUUUCACUUUGUUUGAUUUUUUUUUUCAUUUUAAUAACGGGUAUGUAAAGUAAGUUUACAUGAGCAGGUGUUUUUUAAUGCUCAAUCUUCCCUAUCUGUCCUGUCAGCUCAUGACUACUAGUACUCAUUGAUGCUUCCUGAACAUGCUUUCAAAUAUAGAGCCAGCGAGGUGAUGUGCUUGUGUAUAUUUUUUUCAGAUGUCUUGUUUAAGUUUUGUAUAAAUAUUUGCUCCUAAAUGGUUGUAAAUGGCGAUAAUUCAAAAGUAAAGAAUUGUACUUCA